GAGGACGUCAUCACGUUUGUUGAAUCUUCCUCUGCAAUCUUGCUUCGCAUUUUGUUUGUUGGGGUGUGAUUCUUCUCAUACCCUGGCUAUAGGAUGUAUCGAUGAGCACUCCGAGCUGAAGAACAGGAGAGAAGCGCCGUGUUGCCUCGGCCGUGAGCCUUCGUCUUUUCCACAAAUGAAGGAAGGAUGUUCUCUGGCUGGGUGGCGUUUCGCCCUCCGUUUGGCGAUGCCCCAGGAGGGCCCAUUUCAGUACUGGACAAGUUUCCACCAGAGACUGGUCUCUCGAUAACCAUUGCUGUUGUGGACUCUAUUUUACCUCUUCGGGUGGAUGCAACUCACCCACCUGUCAUUAGCACUGAAGACGAUGUCGACUGGAUUAUGAAUGUUUUAGCCUACGGGCUGCGUCUUCCACUGGAGUACGACGAAAACAUUCGAAAAUGUUGUCAAUUAUACCAAGACUGGCUGAACGUUCUGGUCAAUUUGCCCUCAACUGCUCCGACUUGUAUUAGACACAGGCCUGAAUUUUAUGCAAGACGCAUCUUGGAACAGUUCGAAGGAGUUUUCAACCUAAGAAAUGGUUCCGAUGGAAGUAAAGUUGCCGUACAUAUACGACUUUGUAUGUACGUUUUGGGCAUCAUCCAACGUCUGGCUUUCCAUGCCAAACUCAGCCAAACAACAUGGAACACGCUGCUGAAUUCUCUUGUGAGAGUUUGUGAUCGGCUGCUAUCGCCACCAUGUGGAAUGUAUGGAACGUUGGCUGAGAGAAUAGGUGAGAGCCUGGUGCAGGCACUCUACAACGUGUGGAUCAAAGCCUGUGAUGGGAACUUCCCUGCACCCGCUUUGUGGAAGACGAUGCAGGAAGCAGUCAUUGGCUGGCGCCAUCAGCGGCCUGUUGUGGAUGAGUGGACGCGGGUGUGCGAGGCUCUCACACGUAGUGUUGUUCGCCAUCUGUACGGCGGCUCCCAUGGUGAUGAGUUAUCCAUCAAAGCCUCAUAUGAGGAUGGGACGGCGGAGACACUGAAUCUGAGCAUUGCUGCAGAUGCGCUGGUUCAAUGUUGGUAUCGCUUCUUGCUCAUUCUUGGUAACCCGGUGGAGUUGUCUCGGCCACAAAUCAUCGGCAAGACACCUGCCUUUCACCAAGCUGCGGCCGACUCUGGUGACCUGGAACAACAGCAUACGUGUUUGCAACGCCUGCCAACCAUCUUUCUUCUAGCCCAGAGAGGAGUGGCAAGCCUUGUGGAUCUUUUCCUGGAGUUAUCCGUGCAGCCGGGCCAGCUGUCACGUGCCGGUGACGACGAUGAGUCGCAUAACUCUGUAGCCAUGUCUCCUACAGCAGCGGUCACAGCAGAACCGAGAGUCCAUGAUGUUGCCGGUUCCGCUCCCAUUUCUUUCCUGCCAGCGUCGUUAUUUUCGGCGGCAGCCUCGUCGCGCAAUGCCAACAGUCCUUCUCGUCCAGCACUGCCCAAGCGUAGUACACUACUGCAUAUCUUUGGCGAAUGGCUGUUUCAAGCUGCAUUACCCAGCCCGGAAGAUCUGCGUAAUAUCAAUCGGAUCAUGGCGGGCGGAUCUGCUGCGAAUGCUGCUGGUCGGAUUGAGGAUGGCUAUGGCGUCGGUGUACCUCUGGCAGCGUUUGAGGCAGGGCGAGCAGAAGCACUGGCAUGCCUGUGUAGAAUAUUCUGUGCCAGUUGCUGCGACGAGAAGUUUGUGCCUGUGUACUUAGCGCGCUUCUACUACGUGCUCCAGCAGGGCUUGGUCUAUUUGCCCAGUUAUCACCGUGGUGACGUGCUGUCCAAUUUGCUGAUAAACAGCACAGAGAUCUUCUGCAACGAUCUGGCCGGUGCGUUCUGCCUUGUUCCUGGGUAUCUGGCAGCUCUAGAGUUCGUCCUGCCAAUGGCAAUGCUGCCAUUCAGCAGCAAUGUCAAUGUGCAGGACCUGCGCUUCUGCUCCACUCGCAUCCUGAUGUCACUGCUGUGUGUACCAAUGCACUUCAACGACCUAACCGUGUGCGACCUAUCUCUGUCUAGUAAAUCUCGGCCCGAUUCAGGCAAGGUGCCUGGCUCAAAGAGUGACUAUCUGAUCUCACCAGUUGAGCACGACCCUGGCAGUACGCGUUUUGCCAGCUUCCGAGGUGCAAUCGUCAACCUUGUGUUCAGUGCGCUGCGGUGUGAGAAGUCGCCCGCUGUCAUACAGCUGUUGCUGGGAGCAGUCAUGGUCAUGGUGCAGGAUGUAGCUGCCGUGGAGAAGGCCCGCAACUUGGAGGCUGCCUCUGACCCAACAGCAAGACCUGGUACCAGUUCCACACCGGCCGCCGCCCAAUCACCCACGGCUGAUGGUAAUCUGCUAGGUGCUGAACCCGGCGCUCACCUUGGCUCUUUGCGCAACAGUUCCUCUGGAGUCAUGGAUGCGGCUGCGCUGUGCGUGCGUGCCUGUCGCGAUAUCACGCAGCGCUUCUUGCGCGUGGAUCCCAGCAACAGUGUUCACGUGACUAUGUCCGUACUGGACCUGAUGAGUGGCCUUGCUAGUCUCAACCUACCCGGUGUCAGCGGUGUGGAGUGGCGCUACACUGUACGCUGGCUCUGCGACUUUAUCAACACGCUAGUCUGCCAGCCACCACGCGCACACUCUCGUGAUCUGCACAGCAUGAUCGUAGCGGCGUACCACUGCUUACUAGCAUGGACAACCUGCAAUCAUCGCUUGCUGUUUGAAGAGGAGCCCCUACGUGCUGUUCUGGAUGUGUGUGAGCUAGGUCUAACUGGCAGCAAGUCAGUCAGUAAGCCACGCGAUGAUGAGGAGCCAGUCAAGUCCCUGCGCGGAGAAAAGGAGUUCAGACCAGUCUCUAGGCGUGUAUUGGAAGCAGCCGAAAUGGUGCUGUACGCCAUUCUGGAGCACCUCGGUGCUUUCCCGCCACCUAUGGGCCCUGGUGCCGUGUCGUCCAUGUUGGAUGAAGCCGCGCUCAUCAAGCUUGCAUCGCGCUAUCGUAACGUGUCUGACCUGGCAUUUAGCUACUAUGCUGUGGACUCGACCACCCUGGUUGGCUUACUGCCUUGUUCUGUGACUUCAGACACAGGUCUACCAGCGGUCACCGUCAUCUUGCGCGGUCCAAGUGGCCGGCACACAUGGACUAUGCAGCUUCGACAGGUGCCUCGCCAUGCUCAGCCGCAACUUGUCGAGCAGUUAGCGCCAGUACGUCGUCCAGAGCCACACUCUGACCCCCCACCGGUGGUCUUACCACCUCGUCCACCGUGGCCCGAUGUUGUCAAGACCAUGCCAGUCACAGAAGCAGACUCCAGCAUUCCAUCGCUCUCUGAUAUUCUGGACCCGUCGACAGCGAAGGUUCACGACCGCGUGCAAGAUCUUGUCAAGCAGCAGUCUGCUUUGGAGCGGGAAUUUGUUGCCAAUCUUCCAGGCAGCAAGUUCAACGUCAAGCCAGUUGAUAUGAAGCCGCCGCGUAUUCGUGACGUGUUCCAGACAAGUCGACUGCUGAUGUCGCAUUUGGGUCUGGUCACUCCAGAGAGUCUGAUGUCGUCUUUCAGCAAGUCUGUCGAUCGCCCUGACUCGUUCACGUUGGUGGACAGUGAGAAGGCAUCGUUUCAGCCGCAGCUGCAGAACUUGGACGGCGUACCUACUCGUCACACAGAUACCGUGUACGUAUUCUACGUGCGACCAGGUCAGUCAUCACUCGGCGAUUUGCUCUCCAACCGCAACCUGCUCGGCCCGCAGAAGCCUGAGUUUGCCGAGUUUCUGAAUGCUCUUGGCUGGCCUGUUGAUCUGGGCACUCAUCCCGGUUUCAAGGGUGCUGUGUCUUGUCUGCACUCGCCCAACGACGCCGGUCAAUCACCAAUGCCCUACUUCGCUGACAACAACUCUGAGGUGCUUUUCGUUGUGCCGUCGCUGCAGAAACGAGCACGCCAAGUCAUUGCCAAGCUGCAGGAACACUCCAACGCAAGUAAUAGUGAUGGCGCUGGUGCUGCUGCGACGUCUUCUUCUGCUGCUGCAUCUGCUACAGGUGCAACUGGGACUGGAGAUGAGAUACCGUCUUCUGUAAAGAUGGAUAUCCUGGGGCAAUGCGCUCGAGAUCUAGAUCUACCUCCUGGUGCCGGUGUGGCAAGCUGUGCUUCUUCUUCAUCCCUGACACCGUUUCCUACUGCGGCAACCAAUGCGGCCGCUGCUCGCUCGGCAGUUACGCCCCUCGCUUGGCAGCUGGACACCUCUAUCAUCAUUGUCUGGCUAGAGCGCUUUGAAGACUGGGCGUCUUUCCCGCUUGGCAAGAUUGGUGAGCUGGUCACACCCCUGCAUGGCUCCUCGAUGGCUGGAGGUAAUCUGCCAGUGCAAGCACUGUUUGUCCAUCCACUCAACACCGGCUUAUAUCGCAUCAAACGUGUGUCACCGCCGUCGUCUCGCUGGGUUAUGGCUGGUCCGCUACUGAGCGACAUGGUUGUCAGCCGGCGUUCUCUCGGCCCACUAGUCCGUCAGACGGUCAUGAACAUGGCCAAGCGACGUCGUAUUGUCUCCGACAGUUACUCUCCGCCGCAUGCGCUGCGCAAGCGUCGCGUCGAGGACCUGUGCAAGAGCCACGCUGUCAAGCAGACAGUGCCGGAUUUCUAUAGUGCUCUAUUCCGUGUUUGACCUGCUAAUCCCCUGCUAGUCUCCGCUGGUAGUAGUAUACCUGCCUGGGUGGCUUGGUGAUGAGGACCAUAACAUGCUGAUUUACCCCAUACACUUGAUCACAGUCAUAUGAAAAAUAUAUCUUUUUUUUGUCUCUGUAUAGCUCACUUUAUGUCCGACGUCUUUAUACAUAUCAUACUUUUUCUGUCCGUAAAAAUCGUUCUUUUGUCUUUCUUCAAAUUUGAUGUAGGCAAAGUAUAGUUGAGUCAUUCCCUGGCGGUUUGUUGUCCUUUAUUAUGUCUUUUCCUUUCAAUUAUUUUCAAUUUAUUCACCAAAUAGCUAAUGGGAGCGAUUCCCUCAUGUCUCUCUUUAUGUUGACCGGCGAUUGUUCGGCUAGUUGUUGACUACGUAAUCCAACGCGAUGGGAUUGUGUUAGGUGUGCUCCAGCAUGAGGCCAUGGGCCGCAUGUUUGUGUGAGAGAGCGUGCACGCUUUGUGUUACACUAUGAGAAUGUGCUGAUCUUGUUGCAGUGCGCGCACUUCUGAG